AUGGUGCUGAGCUGGGGCUCGAGAGGCCAUUUACUGCCUCUAGAUCCCGAUAAAUACAUGCGAGUCGUGCGUCAUUCCAUCCAAAGACGAAGACGACGCACACACAGCCGAGAACAGACACAAGACGAAGACGACGUGCUGCUUGAGUGGUCUCCGUCCUCCACCUUCCCAGACAUCCCGCUACCGGACCCUCAAGCGGGCGACAGACCCCCUCCUGCCUCAAUAAAGCAACGUAGCAGGUCCGCUACGAGUGCUUCGAGAGCCUCCACGGCCGAUCGAGCUCAUAAUACGGCAACUUCCGUCUCUGGGAGCUCCUUGACUGGCCCUAGAUGGGAGUGGGUGAGUCCUUGGCACCUGGAAAACCCCGUAAAUAGUCCAAAAGAUGCGGUCGACGGCUGGCAAUACGCCUCCAGCUUCUCCCACUUCACUCCACGACCAUCACUGCGCUCGAGAGGUCGAUCUAUUGAUUCCUCGAGUCAAAUUCCCUCCCAAUUAGAUGGAGAAAUGCCGUCUUUGUCUCCUGCCAGCCUGUCAGGCAAAAGACUGCGAGUGCGUCGACGUAAAUGGGUACGCUAUCGACGCUUACGCUCCGGUCGAAGUAGUCGGUCGACUAGUACGUCAUCUAGUGCCUUCGACGACGCCUUCCUGGACUCGAUGAGUGGAUGGCUACGUAAACGUGGCCACGUCCGGAAGAACUGGAAGGCGCGGUAUUUUGUACUGGAAAAAUCGGUAUUGCGGUACUAUACCGACUCUUCCUGUGCGAAACUAAAAGGCGAAGUGCUGCUGUUCCAUCCACAGACUCGUGUCCACUAUGUGGACGUCCAUGUGGCUGGAGGUCGGGAUGCCAGCUUUGCUAUUCAAGUGGGGCCCGACUACACGCUCCUGCUACAGGCAGCUCAACUACGAGACCGGGAGAACUGGAUGUACUGUAUUGAAGACGCGUUGCUGUGCAGAGACUCGUAUCAUCCCCAGGGGAGAGCAGGACCGUAUUUUGACCUGCGAGAGAGUGUGGCGCAACGACGACUACUGAGUGCAGAGGCCAUGGCGCUGGACGGCAGCUCCUUUCGGGACAAUCUGGGUGGCAUCAGUCACGCUCAUGGAGGCGCAGCUGGCAGUGGGGGAGACGUACUGCGUCUGUGGGCGUCGCUACAUGCAAAGCCAGGCGGCGUCUUGAGUGCUGUGAGCUCUGCGUCGCCAACUCUGCGGUCGUUGCUGCGCUCGUGUGAUCAGUUCCUAGCGAGUCUCACGAUGCGUCAACAUAUCGCCAGCUUCUUGGUGAUGUUCCGCCAGAAAUACGAACACCCUGCUGCUUCUGCUGUGACGGCCAUAGGUACGUCAGCGUGGACGCGUCUGUCGGAGCCCUGGGCGCCUGGACUCAGUGGGAACGAGUCGGACAGCGACCAAGAAGUACGCGAGGGCUCGUUGGGUGCGUCUCCAGUCGAAGUCCACAACGUCACGACUCUGCAAGACGCUCGCAGUCUUCUGGCGUUAAAGAACUACCGCUUCUUCUUGGAGCGAGCUCUGGAGCUCAUUAUGGAGCACUUAUCUACUCUCGCGAACCCGACCACCCCUCGACAACUGGGAGACGCGGCUUUGAAUGGCAAGCGAGCGCCCACUGACGACGAGUGGGCACUCGCUCGUCGUGCUGCGCUGUACAAACUGGAGCGUCGAACGUUCAUCCCGUUGCAGGAGGUUAUCUACCAGCUACUGGGAGCUGGGCGAGGCCAACAGCAGGAGGAAGAAGAGCGUUUUGAGCGCCUCCGAGCGCUCGUAGCUGCUCAACCGCAGAGCUUUCUGGAGAUUCAGCUGUCUCAUCAAUCUCCGUCCAAGUGGAAGUCAGCGGUGGCCUUACUUAACUGUAUGGAUAACUACUCGCUGCCCUCGGAGAAGGCUGCUGUCCUCGUAGAAGUGGCUCGCUGUAUCUACGAGACCCACGCGAGAGAACAUGGCUCUAAAGUUGACAGGAAGGGCAAGACCGUUCAGCCGACGCUGAUGGCUGCAGACGAUUUCCUGCCCAUUUUCAUCUUCGUCUUGGCGCGCUGUCAACUGCGCAGUGUCAUUGUGGCUCGUCAUUUGAUCAGCGAGACGAUGAUCACGGCCUUGAUGAUUGGCGAGACGGGGUAUUAUGCCACCAUGCUGGAAGCGGCAAUUGGCUACAUUGCCGCCUUUGACGGUGCUGCGAAGGCAGAUGAGAUGGCUAACAGAAACAGUGGCAGUGGGAGUACCGCAUUUAGCAGCUUUUAA